GGGAGCUCGUGCAUGUGUGGAGGACGCGCACGGCAAGAUUAUCCUUUAAGAACUUUUGCAACGACACAUUUGCGCUUACAAUGACAGUCGGGUCCUGUGCUCGGGUCCUUUUUCUCCACACCAGGAAGAGCUACAGUCCUCGAAGGUAGCACCCUAUCGCAGCAUCGGCGGACCUCUCAGGUGUCUCUGCUGCGCGGCCGCACGGCGGAGCCAAUGGAGGAGCGAUAAGUGAGCGGCAUGGCGGACCGAGAGAAGCGGAAAACCAGCCCGCCGUCUGGCCGCAACAUCCAGGUGAACUCCCCGGCCAGCUUCAGGUUGACCCAUGACAUCAGCCUGGAUGAGUUUGAAGAUGACGACCUGUCGGAGAUUACGGAGAUCACAGAUGAGUGCGGGAUGAGCCUCAACUGCAAUGGCCCGGAUAUAAAGGGCCAUGUGAGGCGAGGAACCAAUAGCAUGUCGGGGAGGGCCGAGCUGGGUGCUGUCGGCCAGCUCCAGGCAGAGAUGCUGCAUUUGGAACUCAUCGACGGUGCUGACGGUUACCGCGGUGACAAAGAGUCCUCCAAGGCGUCUGCCAUCGCACCGCUGCCAGUCACCAAGGACCCUGCAGCACCUGUUACCAUGGAUACCUACAGACCCAAGAGACCCACGACCCUUAACCUCUUCCCAAUUGUGCCGCGCACACAGGACACAUUAAACAACAACUCCUUGGGGAAGAAAUACAGCUGGCAGGAGAAGGUUUCGGGCUCGUCCUCGCCUCUUAAAACAGGUGAGCUCACCCCUCCACGCGAGCAUAGCUGUCUGAGCGACGAGGACAAGGUGCAGGGCGGGGGAGCGCAGACCAAAGACCGCGGGACUUCCACUGACGCUCCCUGCAGACACAGCCACACCUCUGGACACUCGCACAGUUCAUCUACAACGGCUGGGACUCGCUCCAAGCUUCAGGAGAAGCCGCCGGCGCCACCACCACCUCAGAACUACACACCAGCUCCUCUAUACCCGGGGGGGAAGGCGGAUGGAGGCGGAAACCACCGGGAGAGGAUCCGCUACCACACGGAUGUUCAUCUAGAGCCCACCGAGGAGAUCUAUCUAACUCCUGUGCAGCGCUCUGCCGACCCCCUAGACCCACCCAACGCUCAGGACCGGCCUUUCCUCUCGCAGCAGACUGAGCAGGGCCGCAUGUCCAUCAGCUCCGACACAGAGGGCCCGCCUCCUUACCAGCCUCUUCCAGACCGGACAAACCCAUCCAUCUAUGAGGAGGACGAGGUCUAUGUCCCCCCACCGUCUUAUGCUUCCUGUGUAGAGUCCCUCAUCACGCCGCCCCGCAUGGCCCGCUCAUCCCUCACACUAGACCUCAGCCAGAAGGGGGCAGGAACGGGGGCGGGGGUCAUGCUGAGACCAGGAUCAUCGGUGGAGUACGUGGACGCCACAGAUGACAGCUACUGUGGGGAGGAUGAGGAUGUGGACAGGAUAAUAAUGGACGGAAGGAUGAGGAAGGGGGGAGGAAAGGGGGAUGGCGGUGGCAGCAAAGCCCCGGUAAGAACUUCCAUGAGCUCGGAGGCCAGCGGCCUUUCGUAUGACUCGGUCAAAUACACACUGGUGGUGGAUGAGCACGCUCAGCUAGAGCUGGUCAGUCUCCGGCAGUGUUACCAAGGCUACAGCGACGACAGCGACUCAGCCACCGUCUAUGACAACUGUGUCUCUUCUCCCUACGAGUCGGCCAUCGGGGAGGAGUACGAGGAGGAGGAUGAGGAGGAUGAGGACGGCAUUCAGAUAGGAGGAGUGAGGAGAGAGGCCACAGCUUGUCUGUCUGAGGACUCCACUCCGGAGGUCGAUCUGCACUUCUCCAAGAAGUUCCUCAACGUCUUCAUGAACGGACGCUCUCGCUCCUCCAGUGCAGAGUCCUUUGGUUUAUAUUCUUGCAUCAUAAAUGGAGAGGAAAGGGAUCAGAGCCACAGAGCCGUCUACAGGUUUGUCCCUCGUCAUGACGAUGAGCUAGAGCUGGAGGUGGAUGAUCCUUUGCUGGUGGAGGUCCAGUCAGAGGAUUACUGGUACGAGGGCUACAACAUGCGAACUGGUGCCCGUGGGAUCUUCCCAGCUUAUUAUGCUAUAGAGGUGACGAAGGACACAGAGAGCUACAAAGUAAAGAGCAGUGAAUGGAUGGACAGAUACCGGCUGAAGUUCCUGGGCUCAGUUCAAGUACCCUUCCACAAAGGAAAUGAUGUUCUCUGUGCAGCGAUGCAGAAGAUUGCCACCAACAGAAGGAUGACAGUCAAGUACAACCCGCCUUCCUCAUGCAUCCUGGAGAUCAGUGUGAAAGGCAUUAAACUGGCAGUUCAAGAGGAUUAUUAUGCCUGUGACAGAAGUAAUGAGUGCAGUCACUUCUUCCAGUUAAAGAACGUUUCCUUCUGCGGAUAUCAUCCCAAAAACAGCAAGUAUUUUGGUUUCAUUACGAAACACCCGGCAGACCAGAGAUUUGCGUGCCACGUGUUUGUGUCUGAAGACUCCACCAAACCGCUUGCAGAGUCAGUAGGGAAAGCCUUCCAGUUGUAUUAUAAAGAGUUUGUGGAGUUCUCGUGCCCGACAGAGGACAUCUACCUGGAAUAGCCCUGCCCUGCCUUCAACCACAGCCCUGUACAGUACACUGUAUCAUAACAUGAUGUUGCAUGAAGGACAUAUCUAAAAUAUAAAAAAAAAAAAGAAUAAAAAUUUAACACAUCUGAAAAACAAGCAGGAAAAGAAGGAUCACGUAUUGGAACUCUGGUGAAACCUUUGUGCAGCAAGAGGAGAUGAAAAUGAGCCAAAGGAGGAGUGUCUUGAGGAAAGAAAAUAUGCAAAAUGGAGUCAGUGAUGAGGGGGCGACCGCGGGCUGUCGAUGGAAAGCACAAACAUUUUAUCACCGCAGCCUUGGCAGCAUUAGUUAGCCUGUAGCAUCAUCUCAGCAGGUGCAACACUGAAAGCCCAGGAGCCAAACUGGACUGCACCAGCUUGUUUUUGCACUUGACAAAAAGAAAACAGCAGCCGAGAUUUGGAAAAUCUUACACAUGAUGAGUUUGCUUGGACUUUAAAUAUUUAGGGUCAGAGCACGAGGGAGGCGUAUAUUUACUAAAUAACAUCCUUACAUGUAAAUGUACACUAAGUGAAACAAAUCCAUGUAGGAACAGUGACCUUUGUCCUUUUAGCACACCAGGUAUGAAGGUGAUAUCCACGAUAUUUAGUGGCAACAAGAAAAAAACGCACCCGACAUCACUGUUCGAAAACCAGCUCUAAGUGAUGUUCUUUGCAUUUUUGGGCUCCAAUUUCGAUGUUUAGUGUUAAAGAGGCAAACCUUGUCAAAUUUUCAAUUUCAUCAGCUGUUUGACAGCAGCAUGUAGCCAUCUAGAACAUCAAUGAAAAAAAACUACGUGUUGGUAUAGAUAAAUUGCCACAGAGAGGACUCAUUCAUCGAGCAUUUUGCUAUGAAGCAGCAGUCACUCGAUUGAAAUAAAAAACGACCAAUCAGCACCACAGGCGGGACUUAAGCCGUUCUAAAGCAGUACGCCAAAACCAACAAGAAGUAAUAACAACAAUGGCAACAGCUAUAGACGAGACAUGCUGCUAUCAAGGCUGUUCUAAUUCAAUAUGUCAACAUCACCAGACAUCGUAGCACCUUUUUCUCAUUCAUUAAACCUUAGCGAAAGCAGAAUGGCGGCAAGGCUGAACAUCAAUGCAGACUUUAGAUGAUGUUAGAUUAUGUUUGUCUCUAGUGAUUGGGUAGGAAAAACGGCAUCCCACAGAAAUUGCUUGGAGUUGAAGCAAUGUCAGACUGAAGAUGGAAAAAGACUGUAACAAGUUGACAAAUCUGUCUGAUAUCAAGCAAAUCUGUAAGGCGCUCUACACAUGAUCUGCGGUAUGAGCUCUGCUCUCUGCAAAGUGCGGCUCAGAUGAGUGUAGUAUAGACUUGUGUUGCCAUUUGUGAACGUGUGCAAUAGAGCGCCCCACUAAUGACUCCUAAAACUCAGAAAUCGGUAUCAUUUCAACACCUCCGGUUCCCUCCUCUUGAAGUCAGUGGGUUCUUUUGAAGGAGUUUUUGGUUAGAUGCCUGAAAUAAGGUCUGUGGUUAACACAAGCUUAAGAGACUUUUACGUUUUGUUCUACGCCAUAAAACUUGUCAAUAAGUGCCCCAUUUGUGAACUUGGAAACUUUUAAGUGUCUUAAAAGGCAGUUGCUAACAAGUGGCUACAUGAGACUACAGAACAUCAUCGCAUCCCACCGAACAUGGCUGUACAGCCAUUUUGAGGUUGCAGUGUCAAAUCAUGAAACCGUAGCGUUAUUCCUUUUUCUUUCUCUACUUUUACUUUUUAGUCCUCAAAAAUCCUAAAA